AUGUAUCUCGCCGCUCUACUGUUCACCGCCACGACGGUAGUGGCUUACGAAGCCAAGCUCCUGGAUAGGGAAGCUUUCCUGGUGGACUUUCUUACCCUAAAACACUGUCAGCGUGCGAUCGUUUUCGACUGUGGCGAGUAUCGGCUCUUGAACCAGAGUGUCAGCUGGCUGUUGCUACCGCGAACGAUGGCUCACGCCUCCGCCGAGUCGAUCGUGCAGCGAGUGCUGUGGAAUUUAACCGGAAUCCAAUUGGACACCGAUUUGACCAUACUCGAGGCAGACCCGGACGGAGCGGUUAAUCUGUUCGACAUCUACUCCCAAGGGCGCCACUUGUGUAAGGAUAUCCAUCGCACGCUGUACGGUCGCUGGCGCACGGGUGAAGGGAUUCAGCAGGUGGCCAGUUACAGUCGCUAUAGGAUGCGCGGAAAUUUCGACCGCCUCCAACUCCGGGGCGUUACUGUGAUCGAUCGCGAUAACGUAACGUCCGACAAGGUUGAGCAAAUUUUCUACGAACGUGGAGUGCAGAAGGGAACAACGACUUUUCUGAAGUAUCACUACGCCCUGAUCGUGGUGCUGAGGGACUACCACAACUUCACCAUCAAAUUUCGUGUCACGAGAGGAUGGUCCGGUCGGCUACCGUCCGGGUAUCGUUUGGGAUUGCUGGGUGUAGUGAAGCGCCGUGAAGCGGAUGUCGCAGCGACGGGUGUCCUCAUGCGGAUGAAUCGUCAUGAGGAAUUCGACGCCAUACAUUACAGCUGGAUAUUCGAAAGUGGGUUCAUCUACAAAAUCACACCGGACAUCGGCAGCCAAUCGGAAGGAAACGGUUUCGUCGCCCCUUUCUCGCUCCCCGUGUGGAUCGCGUUCUUGGUGUCGCUGGGGUUGUCGGUGGUGGUCCUACGGUGCCUGUCGCAGCUAUCCGAGCGCGGCAACAGAUCGACGAUGGCGUACGUACUGGACGUGAUCUGCUGUGUGGCCCAGCAAGGAGUUCCGGCCGUGUCACGCCGCGUGCCUGUACGCCUUGCCGUGCUGGUGCUUCUGGUGGCCAAUUUGGUACUCUUCAACUACUACACGUCCACCGUCGUCAGUGGACUGCUGAGCGCCCAGAUGAUGGGUCCGGAAACGAUUCCCCAACUCAUCGACAGCCCGGUGAAGAUUUCGUUCACCGAUACGGGCUACCAUAAGGUGCUGCUCAGGGAGCAAACGCUUCCCUACAGCAAACGGCUGUACGAGCGGAAAGCCCUGCCACCGAGGACUCCACAAGAGUUACCACUCUAUACCAACGUCGACCAGGCAGUUCCGUUUCUGCGGCGCGGUGGAAACGCUCUGCACUGUGAGCUAUCCGAGGUCUACCCUGCGCUAGCCAAACAGUUCACGGCCAACGAGAUAUGCGAGGUGCGAACGGUCGGAGGUCUCUACAACAGCGAUAUUCGUCUGCUGGCUCUCAUUUUGCCCAAACAGAGUAUGUACAGCGAAAUGUUCCGAACCACGCUGAUGCGGGCACAGGAAACGGGAAUCGUAAAGCGGAUUAAUAGGAUCCACAAAAUGCCCAAACCGAUCUGCCAAGGAAGUGCAACGGUCUACUCGGUGGAGCUGAGCGAGAUGGAAGGACUUUACACCAACCUCGAAAUGAUGAGCUUCGUUCUUCCGAAGCGCAGUCAGCAAUUCAGCGAGCAGUUCAGACUAACACUACUACGAGCUCAAGGUGCGGGUAUGCUACGUCGUCUGUUAGGGAUGUAUCGCCACGAUGUUCCGACCUGCCAGCACGGUCCACUAGUGUAUUCGGUUGUGAUGGCCGGAGUGACCACACCAUUUUCGGUGCUAGCCGCGGGGCUCAUCUGCUCCACCAUCGUGCUGCUGCUCGAGAACCUCUUUGCAUACGUCACAAGACGCCAUAGGAGGGCCGCCCCGUUUUAA